AGGGUUGGAGGAUGAUGGGUUGAGUUUGAUAGGUGAGUUACAUGAUUUGUUUAUGAUAUCAGUGAAUGUAUCUUCAUAUAUCCAUGAGAGAGGAUUAGAUCAUCUUCAGUAGAUCCGGCCCGCAGCAGUAAUCUCGCUGACGGAGAAUAAACCAUCCACUUACUACUGAGUGUUUCUGAGAUGGGCGGUGUAACAGGUUACAAAUACGGCCCCCGAAAACCAUCAUCCACUUUAUCUGGACCCGCAUCAUAUAUACAUCUCAACACAUACAGGAGUCACAAUGAGUCCAAAACAAAUUAUUUACAAGAAACUCUCAAGAGACAAAUCCGUUGGUGUGUACAUGGGAAAACGGGAUUUUGUGGACCACUGCGACUUUGUCGAUCCUGUUGAUGGUGUGGUGUUGAUCGACCCAGAGCAGGUGAAGGGGAAAAAAGUGUAUGUCAUGCUGUCCUGUACGUUCAGAUAUGGGCGUAAUGAUAUGGAUGUGAUGGGAUUGGCGUUCCGGAGGGACAUCUUCCUGUGCACUCGCCAGGUUUAUCCUCCUCUUCAGGAUAAGGAUCGCAGCAUCCACAGCAAAGUACAGGAGAAGAUCCUGCGCAAGCUCGGGAUCAAUGCGUACCCCUUCUUUUUUGAGUUUCCUGAUAAUCUUCCAUGUUCUGUCGCUCUGCAUCCGGCUCCAACAGACCCGGGAAAGCAUUGUGCCGUGGAGUUUGAGGUGAAAGCGUUCUGUGCAGAAAAUCAAGAUGACAAAGCUCAAAAGAGGAGUUCAGUGCGUUUGGCCAUCAGAAAGAUUCAGUAUGCUCCAGACAGAGGUGGUCCGAAUCCAUCGGGCGAGACCACCUGUGAAUUUGUGAUGUCUGAUAAACCGCUGCACAUGCGUGUCAGUCUGGAGAAAGAGAUUUAUUACCAUGGGGAACCAAUCAACAUCAGUGUGGAUAUUGACAACAGUUCUAACAGGAAUGUGAAGGAUGUCUCAGUCUCAGUGGAACAGAUCACUAAUGUGGUGCUUUACUCGAAUGACAAAUACAUCAAAACUGUGGCCUAUGAAGAAACCUCAGACUCUGUGCCGUCUGGGACCAGUCUGAAGAAAGUUUACACUCUCUGUCCUCUAUUGGAGAUUAACCGUGACAAACAUGGUCUGGCUGUGGAUGGAAAACUGAAGCAUGAGGACACUAAUUUGGCUUCCUCCAGCAUUGUAAAGGAUGAAGUUCUGAAGGAGAUUUUGGGCAUGCUGGUAGCUUACAGGGUUGUUGUAAAGUGUAACGCAUCAGGUAUGGUUGGAUCAAGUGAAGUUGCAGUUGAGGUUCCCUUCAAACUCAUGCAUCCCAAACCUGAUCCAGAGAGUGAAGACACAACUGAUCUUGUGUUUGAGGACUUUAAACGCUCCUUUCUGAAAGGGAUUGUCGGCGAUGAUGACGAAUCUCCAGCUGAGCCUUGAGAGAUUAUGGACGACUCAUAGACAGACACUUGCUUAUUAAAAUCAUAAGCAUUCAUGGACGUACAUUGAGGAUUUGUGAUUUAAUGCGAAAGCAGCCAGGCAGCAAAUAUACACAAUAAAUAGUUAUGUGCAUAAUGCAUAAAGCUUAAAAUAUACAUUACAAAUCUAAUGUUACUGAUAUAAACACCGACAUAUAGGGAUAUCGUUCAUUGUCAUAAUGAGCUGUAUAGCAAAUAGUUUGCAGCGUCACUUUUAACAAGGCUACUUCUGUUUAUUCUGUAACUGUUUUGUUUGAAAUAAAAUAAAACAACUGUGA